AUGAGACUACAGGCAGUAGUUACCAACUCCUGUAUUCUGUUGAUUCAGGUGAUAUCUGCCCUCCGCUAUGAUCCCGAAGAAGUUGGUUUCAAUCUCAACGAAAAUGAAACGGCCAGAGACCCUAUGGAUUACUGGGGAGAGUGGAAAGAUCACAGCUACUACCCAUCUCCAGACAAUUGGCGAAUCCCGUUCUAUACACUCUUCAUUGACAGGUUUGUGAAUGGUGAUCCUGCCAACGACGAUGCGAACGGGACGCAAUUCGAGCAUGAUCUGCUUUCAAACCAACUUAGACAUGGCGGGGACGUAAAGGGUUUGAUGGACAGUUUUGACUACAUACAAGGCAUGGGAGUGAAGGCUCUCUACAUUGCUGGCAUGCCGCAUAUCAAUAUGCCUUGGGGAUCAGACGGAUUUUCACCCCUUGAUCUGACCCUUCUCGAUCGUCACUUUGGUAAUAUAGACGAUUGGCGCGAAAUGAUAUCUGAGGCUCACAGACGAGGGAUCUAUAUCAUUUUGGAAAAUACUAUGUCUACGAUGGGUGAUCUUAUCGGCUUCAAAGGUUUCCUGAAUACAUCCGCGCCAUUCAAUCCUUACGAGUAUGAUCAUGUGUGGAAGUCAUCACGUCGUUAUCACGAUUUCCAACCUGGAGAUUCAUGGCUUGAAGAAUGCGCGCAUCCUCGAUUCUGGGAUGAUCUCGGGAGAGGAGUGACUUCACAGAUAACAUUAGUCCGUGGCUGUCGUGAUAGCGAGUUCGAUCAGUACGGUGAAGUUGCGUCGUUCGGAGAUUACAGAGAAUGGCAACGGCAAGUCAGCAAGUUUGCAUUCGUACAGGACCGCCUUAGGGAGUGGCGAACCGAUGUCAGGCAGAAGCUUGAACACUUUUCUUGUCUUACCAUUGCAAUGCUCGAUAUAGAUGGAUUCAGAAUCGAUAAGGCAAUCCAGGUUACUCUCGAUGCGCAGGCAGAAUGGUCAGAUUCUAUCCGUCGUUGUGCCCGCCGGUUUGGAAAAGAGAAUUUCUACAUUCCCGGCGAAAUAGUGUCUGGAAAUUCGUUUGGAUCACUUUAUAUCGGUCGCGGUCGACAGACAAACCAAACAAUUACGAACAUGACAGAGGCUGUCACCUUGACCAACGAUAGCGACCAUAGAAUGCAUAUCAGACCUCCUCAGAAGGCAGCACUCGAUGCAUCUGCGUUUCACUAUAGUGUUUACCGCUCUCUAACAAGAUUCCUUGGCAUGGAUGGCACAUUCGAAGCAGAAGGGGAUCCGCCAUCGAAUUUCGUCGAACUCUGGAACGGGCUGGUCCAGACGAAUGACAUGGUCAAUGUAAACACAGGAAAGUUCGAUCCGCGUCAUCUAUAUGGCACGUCCAACCAGGAUGUUUUUCGGUGGCCAGCGAUCAAAAACGGCACAGAAAAGCAAGUCUUAGCACUAUACGUGGUGUCUUUGUUGAUGCCAGGGAUACCAAAUAUUGCUUGGGGAGAAGAACAGGCGUUCUACGUUCUCGAAAACACCAAUGCGAAUUACGUUUUUGGACGUUCCCCUAUGUCUUCCUCCUUGGCAUGGCAACUGCACGGCUGCUACAAGGUCGGCUCAGUGAAAUAUCACGAUUUCCCGAUUGGAAGUGCUUCGUAUGGUUGCCUUGAUGACAAUGUCAGUCUGGACCACCGUGAUCCAACGCAUCCUGUUCGGGGCUUAAUCAAAACAAUGUUUGAGAUGCGUCAGAACUACCCUGUCUUGAAUGACGGGUACUACCUUCAACAGCUCUCAAAUAAGACCUAUGAUCUCUAUUUACCAGGAAGUAAUGGUACUCCCACAGAGACGGGCAUGUGGAGUGUACUGCGAGACCGGUUCUGGGGCGUGCAAGACUUUACUAGUAUAGGCCAAGGAAACCAGAGCGUUUGGUUAGUCUAUCAAAAUGAUAACAGGACUAUAGACUACAGAUUCAACUGCUUUUCAGAGGAUGCACUGAUCUCACCGUUCGACGCAGGAACAACGGUAAAGAAUCUGCUUCCUCCAUUCGAGGAGUAUACACUAGAAAGGAGUUCAAAAAAACUACGGCUGGAGGGAUCUGAGAGUUGGAAUGGCUGCCUGUCCAUGUUAACCUUGUCUCCUUGGUCAUUCAAGGCAUUCGUUCCUAAGAAAGUGUUUGUGGAACCCUCACCAUUUAUUACGAAGUUUACUCCAGGGCAUGACUGGCGUAUCCUUUCCACAAUAAACGCCGGUGAGAGUAUAUAUAUCGGUUUUCAAUUCUCAUCAGAGAUGGAUUGCAACAGUAUAACGAAUGCGAUCUCAAUUAAAUCAACGGCCUAUGGGAAUUAUACUGCUCAGCUUGACAAGAGUACAGUCUCUUGUAACACAAUCGCUGAAACACAAAUGGUUUCUUGGCCUGGAGCUCUCGCAAGCGUAUACAAUUACUCGGUCCAGUUGACAAACGUAUUCCACGGAGUGCACGAGAUAAUCGUCAGCAACGCAAGCAACAGGAACGGGAACCGUAUGACCAAUUCUGUCGAUCAUUUCAUAUUUCGAAUAGGGUCCAUGGAUAACCCAAUUGUAUGGCCAAGGGAGGCUAACUACAGUACAUCACUGCUCUACGAGGAUAUUUCAAGAAAUGGAACGUUAUGGGUCUCUCACAAAGCUCACGGUGCAGACAAGUGGCGUUAUACCCUUGACUUUGGAUCUUCUUACAGUGAAUGGAUGCCAUAUCAAGGUGGCGACCAAUCCAUUCCACCCAAGAACUGGACUGGAACAAAAAAGCAAAAAUGGGACGGCGAACAUAUCAUGGUGCAAUACUGGAAUAGAAUCACAGGAAGCAGUGACCAUUGGCAACACGGAGAUGUAGGCAUCUAUGGCCUUCCACCUAGGCGAUACCCCCAUUUCUGGAUCGAAGGAUCAUUCAAUCAAUUCGGAUACGAUUCUGGUUACGACAACGAGAUGGCCAUGAAUAAUCUUACCGGGAACUGGGAGUAUGAUUUCCUCGCAGAGUGGCCUGCUCAACUCUCGUUGAGCGCAUGGGGAGUCAAUCCCGAUGGUCAACCAGAUGAGACACAAGUAUUUGGGGAUCUGGAUGGAGACGGGGUCCUCGAUCGCAUUCCACCGUUGUCGCUGUUGACGAACCGUAUUAACCUAACAGAUCCCCCGCCUUCUCCAUAUCUCUCCUGGAAAGUUUCUCUGGAUGAUGGCAACCUGAGAUAUUUCAAGAUACCAAUCGGAUCAUGGAGAGUGCAGUUAACUCUUUAUCUCCUGCUUGCUCUAGUACCGGUUGCCACUGCUAUGAUCUCAGUGUGGGCAUAUCUGAAGCUCUUCUAUCAGAUCAAACUCAACAGAUUCGGUAUUUCUGAGAAGCAGCAUAUCGUACCUUUUUCAAUACGCAAUUGCUUAACCCAACUGCGUGGCACUUGGAAUCGUCUCAAUGCAGAAGGAGGUUUUAGCAACGCCAUUUCAAGGAUCCUCAAAUAUCCGCAAGACAAAAGAUCCAACAGACAGGCGCCCAAUGCGGACGCAGGAGAUAAUCGACGUACUGUCCUCAUUGCCACCAUGGAGUAUGAUAUCGAGGAUUGGGAUAUAAAGAUAAAAAUUGGUGGGUUGGGAGUAAUGGCGCAGCUCAUGGGCAAAAACUUGGGUCAUCAGAACCUUAUAUGGGUCGUGCCAUGCAUCGGCGGUAUCAACUAUCCAGAAGAUGAAAGAGCCGAUCCAAUAGAAGUGAAAAUCCUUGGGAAGACCUAUCUAAUUCAAGUUCAAUACCAUGUUCUCCGCAACAUCACAUACGUUCUUCUUGAUGCGCCGGUAUUCAGAUCUCAGUCCAAAUAUGAACCCUAUCCACCGAGAAUGGACGAUCUUAACUCGGCGAUCUAUUAUUCAGCUUGGAAUUCAUGCAUUGCGGAGGUGUUAAAACGAUUUACCGUUGAUAUAUACCACAUAAAUGAUUAUCAUGGUGCGGUAGCUCCCUUGCACCUAUUGCCAGAAACAAUACCCUGUUGCUUAUCUUUGCAUAACGCCGAGUUCCAGGGUCUAUGGCCCAUGAGAACAAAAAAUGAGCGCGAUGAAGUCUGUCGAGUCUUCAACCUUGAUCCGGUGAUUGUCAAGACAUACGUCCAAUUUGGUGACGUUUUUAACCUUCUUCAUGCCGCAGCAAGCUACUUGUAUAUCCAUCAAGACGGUUUCGGUGCAGUUGCCGUCUCCAGGAAAUAUGGAAAAAGGUCAUACGCCAGGUACCCUAUCUUCUGGGGGUUGAAGGAGAUAGGUUCACUUCCAAACCCGGACCCCUCAGAUACAGCAGACUUGGAUGCAAGUGAAGAUUAUAGUAAUGCUCAAGUGGACCAUAACUUUGAAGCACGUCGAAUAGCUCUGAAGCAGCAAGCUCAGGAAUGGGCCGGUCUACACCAGGAUGCAAGUGCUGAAUUGUUUGUUUUCCUUGGCCGGUGGUCGAUGCAGAAGGGGAUCGAUAUCAUCGCUGAUGUCUUCCCAUCUGUUCUGGACGGUUAUCCAAGGGCACAGCUCAUAUGUAUUGGACCUGUCAUUGAUGUUUAUGGGAAGUUCGCUGCUAUAAAACUCAGAAGAUUGAUGGAACUUUAUCCGGGACGGGUGUCUUCAAGACCGGAGUUCACAGCCUUGCCCCCUUUUAUAUUCAGCGGUGCUGAGUUCGCUUUGAUACCAUCUCGCGAUGAACCGUUUGGCCUUGUUGCAGUCGAAUUCGGCCGCAAAGGGGCUCUGGGGAUCGGAUCCCGAGUAGGUGGUCUCGGGCAGAUGCCUGGAUGGUGGUACACGAUUGAAUCAAUGACAACGAAGCACCUUAUUCACCAGUUCAAGCACGCAAUCCACGAAGCUUUGGCUUCUAAAACAGCUACGCGCGCAGGCAUGCGUGCCCAAGCCGGAAGGCAGCGAUUCCCUGUUAUGCGAUGGCUACAAGAGCUUGAUACUCUGCAGUCAACGGCAAUUAAGAAGCACAAAAGGUAUAGGUCUGGAAAGACUUGUGCAUGGUGGACCCCAGCGCUCUGUCUUAGUAUGUUUAAACCAACACCGCCCGCUCCACUUGGCUGUGGAGAGUCCUCUGGUGGCGCAGGGCAUAUUGAGGGUGCGUCUCAUUCAUCUGGAAGCCGAGGAGGUCGAGAUGAGACGGAAAACCGCUCAAGGAAUAGAUAUGAGCUACAGAUUGAGGGAAGCUCCUCUUCUGAAACCGAUGCACGAUCAUCAGAUGACACAGUAAUUCGCACAAGGCAUGGCCAACAAAGUCGACUGACACUGGACAUUGAGUCAGAUAGCCCUCAGCAUUGGAGGGAUAGGGCGAUUCAAAUAUACUUAGACUUCGGAGACUUCGAUCUCGAUGAUUUCGAGGUCCCUUCCGCAUUCCUGAGGGACCCAGCGAUCAAUUCUCCUCCGGAUUCAUGCCUUAAUACACCGUCCACGACAGAGACUUCAACCACUCUGCUGGGUUGUCCUACACCUCUCCAGUGGCAAGACUCAACAGCCAGUCUACUAAGUGUAGAGAGCGUCGUGAAAGAAAACCGUGAUUAUAAUCUACAGAAGAUCCGUCCUCUCUUCACCGAUUCAAACAAUGAAUAUGCUAGAAGAUUUGAGAGGAAACUGGAGAACCUUAACGGAAAGAAUUCCGAAGACCAGUUAUGCAUCGACGAAUUCCUUUCUAAGUGUGAAAAACACUGGUUCGGCCGAUACCGUGAUGCUAAAAUGGGAAGCAUGCCCGCAUCGUCAGUUGAGCGGGCCAAAAUACACAGCGACAGUUCACAGAGCUCAUCAUCACACUCUGUUCCCCUCGACAAUGAUAAUGAUAUUGAACAGUUUCUUCUGCCACGAGGUUAUAUUCCUCCCUCCGGUCUAAAGAGACUUCUUCUCAGACGGUUGGGUGACUGGCCCUUAUAUUCCCUGUUACUCGCAUUUGGCCAGAUAAUUGCGGCAAAUUCGUACCAAGUUACUCUAUUGAAUGGCGAAGUUGGUGAACCAGCUGAGAAGCUAUACAUUGUCGCAACCAUAUAUCUCGUAUCUUCUAUCAUAUGGUGGAUCAUAUUUCGCUUGUUUAAGCCAGUUGUGGUUUUGUCUGUACCGUUCAUUUUCUAUGGCUCUGCCUUCCUUUUUAUCGGCUGCUCUCCCUUUGUCCGAAUAGGAGUGGGUAGGGCUUGGAUGCAGAAUGCUGCAACAGGCCUGUAUGCAUUCGCAUCAUCCAGUGGAUCUAUUUUCUUUGCCCUCAAUUUUGGGGAUGAAGGGAAUGCACCUGUAACGUCGUGGGCGUUUCGAGCUUGUGUCAUACAAGGAAUUCAACAACUAUACGUUACCUUCCUCUGGUUCUGGGGGAGUUCCUUGACCACAGCAAGUGAGACAGGGUUGAAAAAGACGAGCCUUGCUGAUUCCAAUCCUCACACACUCAUUGGAGUGGGAGUGGGUAUUGCUAUCUUCCUCUGGGCUAUAGGUGGUUUAAUAUUCCUUGGGCUACCGAGCUAUUAUCGCCAAACACCUGGCAAAGUCCCAUCGUUCUACCGGACAUUGCUGCGAAGGAAAAUAGUUCUCUGGUUUUUCUAUACUGUCUUUAUUCAGAACUAUUUCUUGUCGGCCCCCUAUGGCCGAAAUUGGCUUUACCUCUGGUCUAGCCAGCAUGCAAAGAAAUGGCACAUUGUACUCCUUGUACUGCUAUUCUUCGUUGUUGUCUGGGCGAUAUUCCUCUGGUGUUUCAGUGUGCUUUCUAAGCGACAUGCAUGGAUUAUUCCCAUAUUCGCUGUUGGACUGGGGACACCCCGCUGGUGCCAGAUGCUGUGGUCGACAUCGAACAUAGGCGCAUAUCUUCCCUGGGCUGGCGGGCCACUGGCCAGCGCUCUUGUAGGUAGAGUGCUCUGGCUCUGGCUUGGUGUGCUCGACACGGUUCAAGGUGUCGGCUUCGGUAUGAUCUUGAUAAACACACUAACACGGUUCCAUAUCGUAUUCACCUUACUCGCAGCUCAAGUCAUUGGGUCAAUUUCCACUAUCCUGGCUCGUGCCUCUGCUCCAGAUAAAGUAGGGCCCGGAGAUGUCUUUCCCAGCUUCGCUGCAGGCGUCUCGGAUGGACUGUCUAGAGUAUCAUUCUGGAUAUGCUUGAUCUUUUUGCUCUCCACAAACGUUCUUUGCUUCAUGUUCUUCCGCAAGGGGCAACUGCAGAAGCCGUGA